CUCGGCGUGCGCUCCGAGCUCGUCGACGCCGUCGCUGCGCAGGGCCUCGCCGCGCCCUCGCCCAUCCAGCAGCUCGCCAUUCCGCGCUUGCUCGCCGGCGCGUCGGUGGCGAUGGCCUCCUCGACAGGCUCUGGCAAGACGCUUGCGUACCUGGUGCCGAUGAUGCAGCGGCUCAAGGAGCAGGAGGACGCGCGGCCCGAGCACAAGGCCGAGCUCCGGCCUCGCGCGCUCGUGCUCGCGCCGACACGCGACUUGGUCGAGCAGAUUGCCGCGCAGGCCAAGGCGCUCUCGCACGUGUGCCGCGUGCGCGUGCGAGCGCUCGCGGCGGGAGGGCGGCUGAGAGACCAGCGCAAGUCGCUGCGCACGGGCGCCGAUCUAAUCGUCGCGACGCCGGGCCGGCUCCUCACGCUGCACAAGUUGGGCGACGUGUCGCUCCGGUCGGUCGAGUCGGUCACGGUCGACGAGGAGACGAGAGACGCAGCCUGCGGAUGG